CGGGAUUUAGUCGCCCAGCGGAAGUGCUGGUUCCUGUAGGGAAGUGAAAGCUGAUGCCGCCCUUGCGCCAGCUUUCUAGUUCAGCUCCUGCAAGGCAGGUACAAAAACAGCCGGUUAAACUUAGUCACCAAAAAGGAGCAUGAAUCCUAUUACUUCAUACUGUUUGUUUGUUGGGUGCUUUUGGCUUGCUAUCUUUGGUGGGACUGCUACACAUGAGUUGGAGGAAUCUGAUGAUCAUCCUCAUAAGUGGGAAAUGUUGUACCUUGUGCAUCAGUGGCCAGUGACAGUAUGUAAGAUGAAUGAACAUGAUUGCAAAGAAGAUCCACUAUUGUACUGGACAAUCCAUGGACUCUGGCCUGAUAAAGCAGAAGACUGUAAUAGAACUUGGCACUUUAACUUAUCUGAACUUCAGGAUCUCAUGGGUGACAUGAAGAAAUAUUGGCCAGAUGUGCUUCAUCCAAACCAUACCUUUUUCUGGAAGCAUGAAUGGGAGAAACAUGGGACUUGUGCUGCUAUGCUGGAAUCCCUUAAUUCUGAAGAAAAGUACUUUAGUAAAGCUCUGGAGCUCUAUAAAAGAAUUGAUCUUAACAGUUAUCUCUUGAAAGUUGGGAAUAACACCAGGCAAGUACCAGUUACCAGCUGGCAGCCAUCAGAGAUGCUCUUACAGAUGCUUAUGGUGUAACACCAAAGAUUCAGUGUCUUCCUGGAAAAGAGGGUCAUAUACAGAUAAUUGGCCAGAUGAAAUUCUGUAUCACCAAGGAGUUUACCCUGAGAAACUGUACAGAGCCAAAGACUGAUUCUUCUCCCGCCCCUGAGGAUC